UGACUUUGUGAGUCAGCAGUACAGAUGGCGUUUUGUCAGUAUUUUCACUGGUAGAAGAAAACCAAGGCUGUGAAGUGUGAAGCCAAGAAUCUUCCCUCCUAUCCGGGGCCAAACAAGAUGAGAGAUUGCUAUUGUACUGUGAACCUGGACCAGGAGGAGGUUUUCCGGACCAAGAUUGUGGAAAAGUCACUCUGUCCCUUUUAUGGAGAAGACUUUUACUGUGAAAUUCCUCGGAGUUUUCGUCACCUCUCGUUUUACAUUUUCGAUAGAGACGUAUUCCGGAGGGAUUCCAUCAUAGGGAAGGUGGCCAUCCAGAAAGAGGACCUGCAGAAGUACCACAACAGGGACACGUGGUUCCAGCUGCAGCACGUAGAUGCGGACUCAGAGGUGCAGGGCAAGGUCCAUCUGGAGCUGAGGCUGAGUGAGGUCAUCACUGACACAGGCAUUGUUUGCCAUAAGCUUGCAGCACGAAUCUUCGAGUGCCAAGGACUGCCCAUUGUGAAUGGGCAGUGUGACCCCUAUGCCACAGUGACCCUGGCCGGACCCUUCAGGUCGGAAGCCAAGAAGACAAAAGUGAAGAAGAAGACCAACAACCCCCAGUUUGAUGAGGUGUUUUAUUUUGAGGUCACCAGACCCUGCAGCUACAGCAAGAAGUCCCAUUUUGACUUUGAAGAGGAAGAUGUAGACAAACUUGAAAUUCGAGUUGACCUCUGGAAUGCCAGCAACCUGAAGUUUGGAGACGAAUUUUUAGGGGAGCUAAGGAUUCCGCUCAAAGUGCUGCGACAGUCUAGUUCCUAUGAAGCAUGGUAUUUCCUCCAGCCACGGGACAAUGGCAGCAAGAGCCUAAAGCCUGAUGACCUGGGCUCCUUGAGGCUGAAUGUAGUUUAUACCGAGGACCACGUCUUCUCUUCCGACUACUACAGCCCCCUGCGGGACCUGCUGUUAAAGUCUGCAGAUGUGGAGCCUGUCUCAGCCUCAGCCGCUCACAUCCUGGGUGAGGUAUGCAGAGAGAAGCAGGAGGCAGCCAUCCCCCUGGUGCGGCUGCUGCUGCAUUAUGGCAAGGUGGUGCCCUUCAUCAGCGCCAUCGCCAGUGCAGAGGUGAAGAGGACCCAAGACCCCAACACAAUCUUCCGAGGAAACUCACUGACAUCCAAGUGCAUAGAUGAGACAAUGAAGCUGGCAGGCAUGCACUACCUACAUGUCACCUUGAAGUCCACCAUAGAAGAGAUUUGCCAGAGCCACAGGUCCUGUGAAAUCGACCCAGUCAAGUUGCGAGAUGGCGAAAAUCUUGAGAACAACAUGGAGAGCCUUCGGCAGUAUGUGGACCGCAUCUUCACCGUCAUCACCAAGUCAGGGGUGAGCUGCCCCACUGUCAUGUGUGACAUCUUCUUCUCCUUGAGGGAGGCAGCUGCCAAGCGCUUCCAAGAUGACCUGGAUGUGAGGUACACUGCUGUGAGUAGCUUCAUCUUCCUGAGAUUCUUUGCUCCUGCUAUUUUGUCCCCAAACCUCUUCCAGCUGACACCUCACCACACGGAUCCACAAACAUCCAGAACCCUGACACUUAUCUCAAAAACAAUCCAGACUCUCGGAAGCUUGUCCAAGUCAAAGUCAGCAAGUUUUAAGGAGUCAUAUAUGGCAACAUUUUACGAAUUCUUCAAUGAGCAGAAGUAUGCUGAUGCUGUAAAAAAUUUCUUGGAUUUGAUUUCAUCGUCGGGAAGAAGGGACCCUAAGAGCAUAGAGCAGCCAAUCCUGCUUAAAGAAGGGUUUAUGAUUAAGAGGGCACAAGGAAGAAAACGCUUUGGGAUGAAGAAUUUCAAGAAGAGAUGGUUUCGCCUGACAAACCAUGAGUUCACCUACCAGAAAAGCAAAGGAGACCAGCCCCUCUGCAGCAUCCCCAUUGAGAACAUCCUGGCUGUGGAGCGGCUGGAGGAGGAGUCCUUCAGAAUGAAAAACAUGUUCCAGGUGAUCCAGCCCGAGCGUGCAUUGUACAUUCAGGCCAACAACUGUGUGGAGGCCAAGGAUUGGAUCGACACCCUUACCAAAGUGAGCCAGUGUAACCAGAAGCGCCUCACUGUCUUCCACCCAUCUGCCUACCUGAAUGGUCACUGGCUGUGCUGCCGGGCUUCCUCCGACACAGCCCCUGGCUGCACACCCUGCACUGGUGGCCUCCCUGCAAACAUCCAGCUGGACAUUGACGGGGACCGAGAGACAGAACGUAUCUAUUCCCUCUUCAACCUGUACAUGAGCAAGCUGGAGAAGAUGCAGGAGGCCUGUGGGAGCAAGUCAGUGUAUGACGGCCCAGAGCAGGAGGAGUACUCCACCUUCAUCAUCGAUGACCCCCAGGAGACCUACAAGACGCUGAAGCAGGUCAUUGCCGGGGUGGGAACCCUGGAACAGGAGCAUGCCCAGUACCGGAGGGAUAAGUUCAAGAAGACGAGAUAUGGCAGCCAGGAGCACCCCAUUGGAGACAAGAGCUUCCAGAACUACAUCAGGCAACAGUCCGAGGUCUCCACCCAUUCCAUUUAAAGUCUCUGGUGCCACCAGAUGCUUCAGGAAACCCACGGCACUGGGAGCAGGCCCCAGUGGGCCAUCUGUGAGCUGGGCGAACCCUUCCCCCACAAGAGCCCUUGCUGAGGCCUACACCUUACUUACUUCACCCAUCUGCCAGAGGCAGGCCAUAUGAGCCAUUUGGGAACAUGUGGUCAUUUAUCUUCUUACUCACUUUGGCUUCAUGGGGAUCCAGAGAUCCAUGGGCUGAUGGGGCGGCGUGGGCUUUCGAGUAACCCCGCCUCGCCCUUCCUUGGGUAACAGAGCCAGCCCAGUCAUAGCCGUGUGCGUUCUGCAGUGUGUGCACUUCUGUUCCCUGCUGUUGCCCUUUGGCCUGGCCUGCACCUAUGUGGCCUUCCGUUCCUCACCCUGUUUCACUGUAUUUGGAACCUCAAGAGCAGUAUUUUUCAAGCCUGCUGUCUCUGCUGCCCUGAGCAGGUAGCCUCUCCAUUCGGCUUGUGUUGGUUUUGUUCUUGGCUGAAGGGUCAGUUUUACGGCAUGGAUACACAGAAUGGCAGAGAAGUUCAAAUUUGGUCUUCAGGGAAAUGAAGCCCUUUCUGCAGAGUCCCUAGCUGGGGGAGCAGGUCUAGUUAUCUCUAGAUGACCAUUAACACCCCAGCUGGAGCACACGGUGUCUUUAAAACUAGAAUCUAGAUGUUAAGCUACUAGGAUGGAAAUUUGGGGAGGACUUUUUAACUAGAAAUGUUCAUUUUUCAGGCUGUUUUUUGUAAUGUUUUUAAAGGACCGUUUUUAACUAGCUCUUUAAUGUACUCAUGAAAGGAGAUGCUGCAGAGAACAAAUACAAAGGGAAUGGUGUGUCUCACCAGCAGACUGACUACAGUCCUCAGAAGGAGGGACCUGGGUUUGAGGCUGUGUCCACCUACACCUCAGCCCCAGGAGGCCGGGCAGGGCAAUGGCUGGGUCACUUUUUAUUGGGGGGGAGGAGGGUCCUAAAAGGGGCAAGCAGACCACUUCAGCUGAGUUACACACUGCUUCUGGAACCUCAUCCUACAGGUCUCCCCGCGGGGCAGAGCCUGAAGGCACUCGGAAGACACUCCACUGGUCCUGGUACCCGUGUCUCUGCUCCUAUUUGGACUACAGUCCAGACUUGUAGUCUGGAGAUGGCAUAUAGUAACAGUACUUGUCAUCACUGUAGAAGUGGAAGUGCGAAAAACACACUUUUGAAUACACAGCUAUUUGCUGCACUGAGCUGCAAUUUUUAACAUGGAUUUGUAACUUAAUGUCUCUGUUUAUAAAAUACUAAUGAUUUGCGAUGUAUUUUACUGGCCAAUUAAAACAGAUGUUUUAUUCUUUGUGA